UUCUCAAGUACUCUUCAGAAUUUUCAGAAACAACGGAAUGGCUUACAAGGUAUCUGAUGAGAUGUUAGGAACCUUUGUACCUGUUCUAGUUUACUGGGUGUACUCUGGCCUUUACAUGCUGCUGGGUUGCUUCGACAAGUACCGGCUGCACUCCAGGAAGGAGGAAGAAACCAAGAAUUUGCCCUCGAAAGGAACUGUUGUCAGAGGUGUUCUCGUUCAACAGGCAUUUCAGAUUGCUGUAGCUAUCAUCCUAUUCACGGUGAUAAGCAAAGAUGAAAGGACUGGUACAAACUUGCAACCUUCCUUCUUCGUGGUGGCGAGACAAUUUGUGGUCGCAAUGCUUGUCUUGGACACAUGGCAGUACUUUGUCCAUAGAUACAUGCAUGUUAACAAGUGCUUGUAUCGCCACAUCCACUAUAAGCAUCACAGCCUUGUUGUGCCUUACGCAUAUGGAGCUCUAUACAACCACCCACUUGAGGGGCUGCUUCUCGACACAGUUGGCGGUGCCAUGUCUUUCCUCAUCUCUGGCAUGACCCCUCGUACUGCCAUCUUCUUCUUCUCCUUUGCAACCAUUAAAACAGUUGAUGAUCAUUGUGGGCUGUGGCUUCCUGGGAAUCCCCUCCAUGUUUUCUUUAGCAACAACAGUGCUUACCAUGAUGUUCACCAUCAGCUCUAUGGUGGAAAAUACAACUUCUCACAGCCAUUCUUUGUUAUGUGGGACAAAAUCCUUGGAACAUACAUGCCUUAUUCCCUGGUAAAAAGAAAGGAUGGAGGCCUGGAAGCAAAGCCAGUCAAAGAUUAGGAGUCAAAUGACAAAGAAAGCUUUCUUUGUGAGUACCAGCCAGAGUCAUAAAGUUGUUUGUAGCAUUAUCUUCCAGUCACUUCGGAGAUAUGUUUGUGGACUCUCCAAUUAUGUACACAAUAAUGAUACUGCUUCUUUGUAUCAGCUCUAUGAUGUCCGCUCAAAGCAUGAAUGUUAUAACUAUCAGUCCUUAGAAACAGAAAAGGCUAUGUGAUGUAGCUUUCUGAAUUUAAGACUUCUAACAUAGUUGACCAUGUAGAUCAUCAGAAGCCGACAUAAUGUUGGAGCAGUCCUCUUGGUAAUCCUAACCAGUUUCUCUCUGGCUCAAUAACAUUUGAUGAGAGGGAUCAUCAUGCUACAGUACCUCUGCUUAAUUUUUUUUGCCAACAUCUGUACAAAGCAUAUACAUGGGAAUGACUAAUCAUCCUGUCUUUUCCACAAAUAGCCAUGAAAAGUCAGAUAAAUCACAUAAUUAGAAUUUUAAAAAAUAUAUACAUAUAACGAGAAAACAUUACAGAUUGGCCAAAGGAAAAUAUCCAUCACUUUUUGAAGGCCUUGUAUUCAGACCCAGGUUAAUCUCUAAUUCCACCAACAUUACAAAAAAUCGGCAAGUCCUUAACUUGCCACUGUAACUAAUAUUUGAAAGAUCCGCAAAAUGAUCUCUGAUAUUUGAUUAACCGUCCAGUAAUGUUUCUAAGGUGGGUUCGAGACACACUCACUAAUGGAUGACCAAUGAUGUUAGGAGUUGAUGGAUAAGUAAAAGAAUGGUGAUAUGCUCAGAGGAUAAUUAUCAUAUCAACAUUUUAAGUUUGUGAGAAUCCUGCCAUGCGAGCUUUGAUGUCUUUAGGGGACACAACAGUUUAACUUCAUACAAAAGUAGGCUAGAAAAUAGAAAAAUCUUCAGAUAUUAAGGUGUCAAACAUGAUGAAACAAAAUCAACAAUAUAUAAAUAAAAUUAGUGCCAAAUAUGAAAAAGAUUUCAAAGCAGGAUGCAGAUGCACACAGUAAAGCCAAAUUCCGCAGGAUUGAGCCUACUGACUCUAAAAGAAUCAAAGGUAGUAAUUAAAAAAAAGAGCCAAAUGUGGACUUGAAAUAAGAGACAAAUCCAGCAUCAAAAAGUUCAUCCUGAAUCAUGGGACUAGGUGCAGGAUUGUCUGUAAGCAGUGGAAGAAAUCAAACGAAAAAACUUGAAAUGUGAAUAUUCGAAAGCACAGUAAAGAGAAACCACAGAGUAAAUUUAGCAUAAGCAUGUGACAGUCAAAGAUAAACCAAAUACACAUAUAUGCAUGGAACACAUAAUAUAGACUCAAUGAAAAGAAUUAACAGACUUACAAAUAAGCAUUGUGUAAUAAAUACUAAGUAAUUUACUAAAAAAACAAAUUACCAAGUCAGCUAAUAAAUUUGGCCAUAAUUCGUCUGCAAAGUGUUUUUGAUGGUACUACAGUCUUCAAGUUGUACCAGUUGGUCCAGUUCAUCAAUCUAGAACAAUAAACAUGCAACAAAGCAAGAAAACAAAAGACAUGAUGCUUAAGGCAUAUGGCAAUAAGUAAUCGCUCUUCAGAUGAUCAAGCCAGGCGUGUUAAGUGUUUUGGCAUGCAUAACCACAUACUAAGCUAGGUCAAUCAAUGUGUGGUUUAUAAACCACACAAGUCAUAGAUCAAGGCAGAGAAGUUAAAUGUUAUCCCGUAUACAACAAAUAUAAGGUCAUAAAAAUGAGAUUAAUGACAAAUUUUGUUUUUAAGGGAAAUUUGAACUACAGAUAGGUUCUGGCAUUGCUUGGAAUAUCUUGACGACAUAGUUUCACAGCAUAUAUUUUUUGACAUAAAAAUGAAGAUAGCUUCUCAGAAAAUACAAUGCUUAGCUAGCUCGCAGCCAAACUGUCAUGUCAAAAUAUUUCCAUUUCAGCUUAAUGUUUUAGGCAUAGCUCUUUGACAAAUGUAUUGGCACCCAUAAGCAUGAUUUAUUUUGCAUAUUCCAAUAUCCACCAGAGCUCUAGUAACUAAAAUUAAAACAAUUAAGGUGCUAAAGAGGUAAUAACGGAGCUGGAAAAGACCAUGACCACUAGUUUCUUAAAAGAGUAAGACAUAACUAGGAAAAAGUCAAAUGGACAUAAAAUGAUUCAAUGGCCAGCUCAUAGGAGCAUGCUUGUUCGGAUCCUAUUUUAACUAAACACGUAAAAAAGAGUAAUAUCAAAGAGCAUGCUAAUCAUUCGAAAGCAUGAAAUGAUACAACCAUUUGGAACAGCAUAAAAACCAUAGCUUCCAACAAGAAGCAGACUUUCUCUCUUUGGCAGAUGAGUAGGUAAGUUACCAGCUUCGCCUAAGAGUGAAGGAAAUACAGAAAAUAAAUCUGGCGAAGAGGUAAGCCAAAAAAAUCAAGAAGACAAAAACAAAUGAGUACUUAUAUUAAAGAAAGAGCACCACCAAAUUUCAACACUACUCUCAGGCAUACACCUAUGCUCUGGCAAGAGUAGGGCAGCCCCCGAGGUAACCCUCAGAAUAUAAGUAAUUGUUUGGUUCCUUUCGAGCCAACGGACCCAACAGAUAACAUUUGGAAAUAUAUAUAUAUAUAUAUCAUAAAUAAGAAUGCCUGCGGGAUAAUAGUCGAACAUGUUAAACAGCAUCCUUGAAGGUUCAAGACAUGCAUGUCAUAAGGCAUCAAUAUGUUGCAUAGAAUAUCCAUUCUACAUGUCAUAUCGCAAGUAUAAUAAUUUUGACUACUCAGUUGAUUCAACCACUACACUACUGCAAUGAGCAUUUCAGAAUGAAAAUUCAUGAAUUUUUUUCUCUCUUGAUCAUUUAUAGAUCAUUUCUAUUCUAUUCAUAAGUCUCAUCACGUCAACAAACCAAUUAUGAAUAAUUCACCAGGUCAUUGAUAUGGAUAAUAUCCAAAUACCAAAUACGUUCUAUAUGCGAUU